GCUCUGUGCGCACACUGGAAAAGUCACUUGGUGGACGAAGCGGACUACACAGACAGGACUGCACAGAGUUUUUAAAAAACUGGCGCACAACAUGAGAGUUUUAUUGUAAUUUACAGAAGUUUCCGGUUUUAUUUCGUGUUUUAAUACGUUAUUUUAUCGCAGAGACGCGCGCGUGCUGGUCCGUUAGAGGUCGGUGAAAAGUCGACCACUGUCACUCCUGAUUCAUGGACUCAACACGGACUUUAGCUAAAAGUGUUUCUGUCAAGAGGCUGACACAAGGUUGACUCCAUUCAUUGAAUAUCCAGAUUUAGGGGACAUGAAGUUGUCUUUGGACAGUAUGGGCAUCCUGAAGAUUGUGCUCUUCAUCUUUGAGGCUGUUUUACUGACCGACUGUGCAAGAGGACCUCCACGAGUGUCUGAGAAGGUUGCUCACAGACAAUCAGCUCGGCUCGGCAGCGCCAUUAAGCUGCCAUGUCCAGUGGAAGGAGACCCUCCACCCCUCAUAAUGUGGACCAAAGAUGGGCGCAACAUCCACAGCGGCUGGAUCCGUUUCCGUAUCCUCCGCAUGGGCCUGAAGAUCAAGGAGGUGGAGGCAGAUGACACGGGGACCUACAUCUGUAAAGCAACCAACGGCUUUGGCAGCGUCAACAUCAACUAUACCCUCAUCGUCAUCGAUGACUCAGGUUCUGAUAAAGCUGGGCCGCCGCCGGCUGAUGGAGUGGAGUCUGAGCUGGGCACUGAUGGCUUGUCAGAAAAACUUGUGCGUCCCCGCUUCACCCAGCCCGCUAAGAUGAGAAAACGGGUCAUAGCUCGCCCCGUUGGCAGCUCAGUGCGGCUCAAAUGCACGGCCAGUGGAAAUCCUCGACCAGACAUUGUGUGGCUGAAGGACGACAGACCGCUGACGGAGCAGGAGGUCGGGGAGGGCCGCCAGAAGAAGUGGACUCUGAGUCUGAAGAACCUGACGCCGGAGCACAGCGGCAGAUACACCUGCAGGGUCUCCAAUCGGGCUGGGGAAAUCAACGCCACGUAUAAGGUUGAGGUCAUACAGAGGACAAACUCCAAGCCUAUUUUGACUGGCACUCACCCGGUCAACACGACGGUGGACUAUGGAGGCACCACGUCGUUCCAGUGCAAAGUGAGGAGUGACGUUAAGCCGGUCAUUCAGUGGCUCAAACGCGUGGAGUCUAAUGAGGAGAGCCGCUACAACUCCACCAUCGAGGUGGGAGACCACCGGUUUGUGGUGCUGCCCACGGGGGAGGUGUGGUCACGACCCGACGGCUCCUACCUCAACAAGCUGCUCAUUACCCGCGCCAAGGAGGAGGACGCUGGCAUGUACAUCUGCUUAGGCGCCAACACCAUGGGCUACAGCUUCCGCAGCGCCUUCCUCACUGUGCUGCCAGGUGAGGCCUGGGACACGAAGCCUCCCAUCACGCCCAUGUUCUCGCCAGCCUCCAGCUCCCUCCCCUGGCCUGUCAUCAUCGGCAUCCCGGCUGGAAUCGUGUUCAUCUUUGGCACAGUGCUUCUGUGGUUCUGCCAGAGCAGGAAGCACUGUCCCCCUCCCAGCGCUCCAGCUGCGGCUGCGCAGGUACUACACACCUCCCACCGACUGCCAUAUCGAGAGCGGGACAGGGGCUGCAUCGCUCCGUCCUCCAGCUCCUCUAGCCCGGAGAAAGACUGCAUGAGCUCCAUGAACUAUGAGGAGUACCUGGCGCAGCAGCAGCUCCUCCUCACACAGGGAGGACCAACAAUCCCCCCGAAAAUCUACCCCAAAAUCUACACUGACAUUCACACACACACUCACUCCCACGUGGACGGGAAAGUACACCAGCAUCAACACAUUCAUUUUCAGUGUUAGCCUUUAGUGCCAAAUAUAACCAGUAUCUCAGAGGGACAACGAGCUGCGGACUGGACAGCAGCUCCUGGCAUUAAAGACUCUUCUCCAAGACUGAUGGGAGAGGGAGCACGUGGGGAAAAACAGUGGCCAGUUAUUACAUCCAAACUUCCGUAUUUGGUGCUUUAUUUUUUUUACCUGUCAGAUUCUCACACCACUAAAAUCCAUUAAUCCUUGUUGUGCACUUAAGAAGGACAAGGACUUUUUGCGUGUGAGUUGAAUCGCAGCUAUUCAGGCCAGCUGAAUCCUCAGCAGCUGAGUUUUGCAUUUUCCUACUUGAGCUGAAAAUGGACGUUAGGUUUUCCCUUUCACGUAUUCAGCUGUCGGAGCGCAGAGACUCCGUUCGUUCUGCCUGGUAAUGAAGAUGAAAAAGAUUUACAAAAGGGGCUGGUUUUGUGCCCUACUCAGGUAGUCCUUUUGUUUGUUAAAGAUGCAUCAUUUUUAAAAUGCUGACCACUAUCCUUUGUAUUACCUUUCUCCAUCCCUCACGGUUGCUCUCUGGUAAAAAAAAAAAAAAAAAAAAAAAAAGUGAUAGAGUAGAAGAUUUUACAGCCUUUUUAUGGCACGCAAACCUUGCCUGAGACUGCAAGGGAUGGAUGAAUUGUGUUUCCAUGUGAACUGAAUUGGUCUUCAUUAUCAUUUCGACUUUUCUCAUCGUAGUUUCCCAUCAUCAGUCAGUAGCAUGUUGAAAUAAACCAGCAGAGGAACCACACUUUAUGAAGCUGUAGUCAUUUAUAAUCAAGUUGAGUCAUGAAUAUUUAAUUUAUUUUGCUAAAAAAAAUGUAUCAAAAGUUUAUUUUUCAGAGUAAGGCGUUUUACAUAUCUAUGUAAUGUUAUUAAAGUAUACUGUUGUCGUUGUUGUUGUUGUUGUGUAUAGUACAUUUUGAGUACUGUGUCACCCAGUUUAUACACAUUUAGUUCAUGCCAAUAUUUAGGUAUUUCUGUAUGUAAUUGGUUGUAUUUGACAAUCUUGUAUGAUGUAUUCUGUUCAAAGCUCAAAAACUAAAUCAUCUGAAGUUUGAUGGUUUGGUAGUUUGAUUAAAUGACCUUAACCC